AUGGAUGCAAAGCUGAACGAGUUAACUGCGAAAUUAAAAGCACUCAACCUGACGGUAACCAAGGUUGACGACGCCGUGACAAAGCGCGAAAAGGAAUCCUUGAAACGGAUCGAAGCAUCACUAACGAAGAAAAUUAACGGCAUUUAUGACCUAAAGGAGGAAAUCGAAGAAAUGAAAUUUCUAAACCAGGAGAGCGACGAUGAUGUGGAAACUUGGGCUACCGAAACGGAGAAUAAAUUGAACGAUGCUAAAGGGAAAAUUGAACAGCUGAAGCAAGUGUUAUCUGACAUCGAGAACAACGAGACAAUUAUUGAACGAGAAAGGGACGAAGCGAUAAGGCGCGAAGUCAUCAGAGCGGAGACGGAAAAGCAAGUAGCGAUCGAGAAAGCGAGAAUCGAACUAGAACGUAUACAUAAGGAAGAAGAACGUAAACGAGAUUUAGAACACCAGGACUUCAUUUUGCAACAACAAAUGAAAUUCGGAAAGGCGCGGGAAUCAGACGUGGUGAGCCCCAAGGAGCUUCAGAUCAAAAACGUGAAACUACCCAAAUUGUCGAUCACUAAAUUCAGUGGAAAAUUAUCGGAAUGGUUAUCAUUCUGGAACACUUUCGAAGUAGAGAUAGAUUCAACCGAGCUGCCGACCGUGUCGAAGUUUGCCUAUCUGAGAGAACUACUAGAACCUAACGUGAGAUCGGAAGUCGAGGGUUUACCUUUCAGUUCCGAAGGAUACGAAAGAGCGAAGAACAUUCUCAAGAAUGAAUAG